AUGGAGUUCUUAACACUUGUAAUUCAAUGGUUAUCUCUUCUUCUUAUUCUCUUCUCAACAACUUCCCUUUCUGAAACCCCACACCAAAUUCCUCGCCUCACUCCGCUCCACCGCUCUAUCCUACGACGACAACCUCAGUCUUCUUCUGCUACCUCUGACAAUAUUCUUCCUCAUGAAUUCAGAACCUAUUAUUACAACCAAACGUUGGAUCACUUCAAUUACAGACCUCAAAGCUAUGCCACCUUCAAACAGAGAUACAUAGUGAAUUCCAAGUUCUGGGGUGGCGCCCAAUCCAACUCCCCUAUCUUCGCAUGGCUCGGCGCCGAAACUCCGAUCGACUAUGAUCCCAUAGCCAUCGGAUUUCUCACUGACAAUGCCCCUCGUUUUAAGGCUCUUCUUGUCUACAUAGAGCAUAGGUAUUACGGGGAAUCAAUUCCGUUUGGAACCAUGGAAGAAGUUCUGAGAAACGAGACAGCUCGUGGCUAUUUUAACUCCGCUCAAGCUUUGGCUGAUUAUGCAGAGGUGCUGCUAUAUAUAAAGAAGAAAUACUCCGCUCAAGAUUCUCCCAUCAUUGUUGUUGGAGGAUCAUAUGGAGGAAUGCUUGCUUCGUGGUUUCGGUUGAAAUAUCCACACAUUGCAUUGGGUGCCUUAGCUUCAUCAGCUCCCAUUCUCUACUUUGACAAUAUCACAACACAAAAUGGAUACUUUUCCAUAGUGACUAAAGAUUUUAGAGAAGUUAGUGAGAGUUGCUAUCAAACUAUAAGAAAAUCAUGGUCCAUUAUUGACAAAAUUGCCUCCCAGCCAAACGGCCUCUCCAUUCUCAGUCGCAAGUUCAAGCUUUGCCAGGACUUAAAGUCAUCUACGGAUCUAAAGUUUUACUUGGGUUUGAAGUAUUCUUUCGCCGCUCAGUAUGAUGCACCCCCGAAAUAUCCCGUGACGCAGGUGUGCAGUGGCAUAGAUGGCGCGCCCAAAGGGGCUCAUAUUCUCGACCGCAUACAGGCCGGCGUCGUCAGCCGUACAGGGAAUCAAUCUUGCUACACCCUUCCCAUUUUUGGCAUUUCGGCAUGGAAACGGCAAACUUGUAGUGAAAUGGUGUUUCCGAUUGGGCGUGGCGACGGGGACACCAUGUUCUAUCCAUCUCCGUUCAACCUGCAACAAUUCUCACAGGACUGCAUUAAUGGCUUCGGCGUUCCACCUCGGCCACACUGGAUCACAACCUAUUACGGCGGACAGGAUAUUAAAUUAGUUCUGCGCAUGUUUGGUAGCAACAUUAUUUUCUCCAAUGGACUAAGAGACCCAUAUAGCAGUGGAGGGGUUUUGGAGAACAUAUCAGAUACUAUACUUGCCAUCUAUACCCAUAAUGGGUCUCAUUGUUUGGACAUACUUGGGAAAAGUAAAACGGAUUCAGAUUGGUUAACCGAGCAACGGAAAAGGGAGGUUGAGAUAAUACAAGGAUGGAUAACCAAGUACUAUGUUGAUCUUCAAGCUCUCAAGAAAUAAAAGACAAAUAAAAAAAAUUUUGGUACCGUAUUCAAAAUAAUUUCCAUUUGCACCGAA